CGGCUGACAUUCAGUGUGGACAGAAGAGAGGCUAGUGACCCCACAGGCACAUGUGCUAGCCCAGGCAGGUGGGAGCGCCUCCGCAGAGGAGUCCAGAAAGAGGGAGGGAAAGGCUUGCCAGAAUCUCGGUCCGGGUGUCCAGGUCGGCCGCGGAGGAGCUGCAGCCUCCAAAAGGAAGCUGUGUGUCUCUGGCAUGCCAUCUGCUCUGCUCACUGACUGAAGGUCCCUGCAUCCCAGCUCGGCCAAGAAGCAAAGGUUGUCACAUCUCCCCAGCCAGGCCUGCCAGGAGCACUGCAUGCAAAUUCGGCUGCGGGCUAGGGCACGCUAACCAGAGUCGUAGGCAUGGACUUCGUCAUGAAGCAGGCCCUCGGAGGGGCCACCAAGGACAUGGGGAAGAUGUUGGGGGGAGAGGAGGAGAAGGACCCAGACGCGCAGAAGAAGGAGGAAGAGCGGCAGGAGGCGCUGCGGCAGCAGGAGGAGGAGCGCAAGGCCAAGCAUGCGCGCAUGGAGGCGGAGCGUGAGAAGGUUCGGCAGCAAAUCCGAGACAAGUACGGGCUGAAGAAGAAGGAAGAGAAGGAAGCUGAGGAGAAGGCAGCCCUGGAGCAGCCCUGUGAGGGGAGCCUGACGCGGCCCAAGAAGGCCAUCCCUGCAGGCUGUGGAGACGAGGAGGAGGAGGAAGAGGAGAGCAUCCUGGACACAGUGCUCAAAUACCUGCCCGGGCCGCUGCAGGACAUGUUCAAGAAGUAACCAGCCCUCCCGCCCAUCCCCACUCCACUUGUUACUAAUUUUUUUUUUGGUUCUUUCUUUUCUUUUGAUUCAGUUAAGUCUUAGUUCUGAAGGGGAAAACCUCAGUUGGCCUCUGUCCCCCUGUCCCUGGCCAAGGGUUCAUCCCCUCAGCACUCCCUCAUACCUUCUUCAUCCCAGGGUAUUCAGCCCCCACCUCACACCCAAGUUGUUUGAAGGGAAGACAGCUUUUCCCCAGCAGGGGCAUUGUGUUCAGUGUGGGAGGCACUGGGGGCCCCCUCCAGGAGCUUAAGGUCUACGCUAGUGUGGUAACCUCCAUACAUUCCUUCAUGCGCCCCACUGCCAGGAGGACCACUGUCCCCAGCCAGCCAAAGUAAUGACACAUUCCAGCCCUGCCCAGCAUGCUAACCUUUGGCCUCUGACUCCCCCAGUGGGCCUCCAGGUCAGGGCAGGGUGCUGGGUGACCUCACUCUGAGGAAGGGAGUCAGGGUAAGCCUGUCCUGUGAGGGUCCAAUCUGAGAGGCCCCCUGUGUUCUGGGUAGGAAGCUGAGACUCUCCUUCUUCCCUGCCUCUGGUGACACCCAGCCCAGGAGCACCCUUCUCCCAACCCCCGCCCAAAAAGGUGUAGUUCCUGCCACGCCAGUCCCUCCAAAUGGAUCCUCUUUGGACUUUAACUCAUUUGUGGAGGGGCCCAGGGUAGGGCAGCUCCUUGUUCCCUCCACCUUCCACUUAGGUCUGGGGAGCCCACUGCCAGUCUGGGCUCAGCUUGCCCAAGCCAAGGGUGCCCAGGCCCCCCAGAAAACACUUGGAGCCAUUGGGCAGCGAUGGCCUAUGCCAUGGGACCCCCCCCAUUGGUGCAGCCAAGCUGCCCCCAUUCCUAUCUAUCCCUCUUCCCCACCACCCUGUCCUGUCCAUGUGCUUCCAGGACCUCAUGAGCCCCUGGAGGACCCUUCCUGGCUAAAGCCCCAAGUCUUCCUUUGGGGAGAAGCCAGUCCCCCUUGACAGAAGGCAUUUGUCCAUUCAUCUCGUUGGCCAAGAACAAACUCUCCUCUGGGAUGUGUGAGACUGGUAUUUGUUCCUCCCCCCACAAAUUGUCAAGGCCUCUUGCUCAGUCAGUUGUGUGAAAAUGGGGGUAGGGGGGCAUGAAGCAAUAAGAGAGGAAAGUGUGUGUCCAUGCAUGUGUAGGUAGGCAUGGCAGAGACUGCAUCAGCAAUUAUGUGACCAGAGAUUGUACAUACAGGUGUAUGGUUAGAGUAUGUUUGUGUCUUGAGAUUAUGUGUGUAUGUGUGUUUGUCAUCAUGUCCCUGUGUUAGAGACUGUGUAUGUUAGGCAGCCUGUGUAUGUGUGUGUUUGAGGUGGUAUGUAUGAAUUGAGAUUGUGCCAUAUAUGUGUGCUAGCCAUCUCAUAUGUGUGGGAGAGCUUGCCUGUGUUAGCUUGUAUUUGCAUGUGUUUUCAAAACAGCAUGUAUGUCAGGAGUGGUGGGUAUGUGUUAGAUGUAAAAAUGUGUGUUUGGGAAUUGUUAGAUGUGCUAAGACUGGUGUGUGCGUGUGCGUGGCUCUGAAAAGGCAGCUGUGUGCAGAAUGUGCUCUUGGGAAGAAAGAAUAUGGGUGAGAUGCUCCCUUUUGGCCCCAAAACCAUUGGUCACAGUAGCCACAUCCAACAGGAGACCUUGUCCUUGGCCUAGAGUCCUCCCGCCCUUGGGGGGUUCCUGCCUGAGGUCUUCAUAAAUCCACUGGGACAGACCCAGGCAGUGCCCCAAGAAGCCAUGCUGGGCCCCAGCCAGGGCCUACCCCCCAAAGCAGGGACCAGGGAGGGGGCGACUUGCCUGCCCCUGAUGCCCCUGCCCCAUUGACCCCAGUUUGCAUUCUGCAGGUUUUCCAUUUUAGUGGAUUUAUGUUUUUAUUUCAGAGAGAGACAUGUGUCUUCUCUGUCCGUUUCCAAUAGUUAAAGCCAUAUCAGUUAGACUGCAAUACUUUAAAGAUGAGACAAAACAAUCCAUAUGUUUAGGGAACCAGAAAAGUCCCCUAGUCUAUCCCUUCUCUGGGGAGCAGGGCCUCAGCAGCUCCAGCUCCCUGGACUUUCCCUUCUACCCCACCCCCGCCCCUUUCCUGUGCUCCUGUGUCCUGCCCCCCAUGGGGCCUGUCUCUGUGUGUGCCUGUGUCUGUGAUGGGGAGCCACCUUGCACCCCUACUGUCUGCUUGUCUGUGUCUGUUAUCCUGGGCAGGAUGGUCAUUCUCUAGAGCCCUGGGGUCCUGGAGCAGAGAUAGGCAGGGCCCAGUACAGGAGCCCCAGGCCUCCCCAGACCCUGUGUGUGAGCCCCACUGGACACAGGUAGAUCCUGAGUGUCCAGAAAGGUCUCCCCCUUGACAGGGGCCCACAGACCUUGCAGGUGGGGCCAGGGCACAGAGAGUGCUAAGUGAACAGAGACUGAGGCCUAGUGAUUCAGAUGAGCAGGGAAACCCAGCCAUACAAGAUAUCCCAGGUGAGUCUGAGAGACCCUAGACUCUCAGAGGGCAUCCCUAGUGGUUUCUGGAGCCCCUCUGCACCCCCAGAGUGGGCUCAGGGCUUUUCCCAUAUGAGAGUGCCCUCCAGGCUGGCUGGCUUAGUCUGGUGCACUUCCCAGACUCCUACAACCUGCUCCUAUCAAGACUGGAGGUCUUCUGGGAGGUAGAAGCAAGGAGGGAAUUUCAGCCUGGAGCAUGCCUGGCUCUAACCACUGCCAGGUAAUCACUCUCAGGUCCAGGGGAACAUGAUGACUGUCAUUCCUGACACAGACUUGACUCUGGAGAGCAGCCAAUGUGCAGCAUACUCAUAGAGGGACACAAUAUGUGGGGGGGCUCUAGCAGGGCAGGGAUAAUCACACGAUGUGCCUGGGGCAGGAGGUGUGUGUAGCCUCCUGGAUGGGAGGGGAUGAGUGUGUCACACACAAAUGGGGCAGUGUGCAUGUGACACACUUGGGAGGAAAGGCGCAGGAAAGGAUAGGCCCCAGAAUUUAGCACACAUACACAACAUACAUGGCAGACAUUCCCCAACUAGGGAAAAAAGAAGAGCAACAUUGUAAAUGGUGAAAAAAGAACAAGAUGCAAGUGCGCACCACCGGAGGACGGUACGUGUGCUUGCCAAGGAAGGCCGCUGUGUGCUGUGUGCCUGGAAGGUCACCGCCAGAGAGAAGGGACCAGGCCUCUCUGGACUUGCCAGGCUGGGCCCUUGAGACAGGCAAGGAUGUGGACAUCCUCUGCUCCAGGUCCAGGAGCUCCUGGAGGGUGUCCUUACCAGCAAAGCCAUGUGGGAUCACCUCCAAACACAAGCAGGAAGUCAAGAGACCCUCCCAGGUGUGUGUGUAUAGAUGAUAGAUAGAUAGAUAGAUAGAUGAUU